AUGGUUGUGCACAACGGAAUCAUCACAAAUUAUCGCGAAAUCAAGGAAUAUCUGAAGAAGAAGGGACAUCAGUUUGAGUCCGAGACCGACACUGAAGUGAUCGCUAAGCUCGCGCAACACAUCCACGAUCUCUACCCGGACUUUUCUUUCCGACAAGUGGUUGAAGUUGUCAUCCAACAGCUUGAAGGCGCAUUUGCUCUGGCUUUCAAAUCAUCGAAAUUCCCUGGGCAAUUAGUGGCCACCCGACGAGGAUCUCCUCUUUUGGUUGGAAUUAAGAGCAACAGUCGUCUGCAGACUAAUUACUUCCCAGUUCUGUUCAGUCGUGGUAAGUUUUUUAAUCUUGUGCUAGCGCGAGAGGAGGUCCCCACUUGA